AUGAGCGUGAUCCACUGGCUGCUCGGGCACUGGGCGCCGGUCUCCGCCCUGCUCUACCUGGCGCUGGCGAUCGCCGUGUCGGUGCAUGUCCUGCUGGCCAAGCGCGACGUGCGCGCCACCGUCGCCUGGGUCGGCCUGGCCUGGCUCUCGCCGGUGAUCGGUGCCGUCGCCUAUCUACUGUUCGGCAUCAACCGCAUCAACCGCAAGGCCUCGCGGCUGCUGCCGACGGCCCCGGACGGCACGGCCCAGCGCCGGGGCUACACCCUGGACCUGGACCAUCUCGACGCCUCGGCGCCGGGCGGCCGCCUGGUCGCGCUGGCGCGCCUGGGCGAGAACCUCAGCCACCUGCCGAUCGUCGGCGGCAACCGGGUCGAGCCCCGGGCCAACGGCGACGACGCCUACCCGGACAUGCUGGCGGCGAUCCGCGACGCCCGCCACUCGAUCGCGCUUUCCUCCUACAUCUUCCGCGACGACGCGGCCGGCGCCCCCUUCGUCGCGGCGCUGGCCGAAGCCCAGGCGCGCGGCGUGGCCGUGCGGGUCCUGCUGGACGGCAUGGGCGCCGGCUACCUGCUGGCCCCAGGCGUCGCCGCGCUGCGCCGGCGCGGCGUGCCCACCGCGCGUUUCCUGCACUCCCUGGCGCCCUGGCGGAUGCCCUACCUGAAUCUCCGCUCGCAUCGGAAGAUCCUGGUGGUCGACGGCCGCAUCGGCUUCACCGGCGGGCUCAACAUCGGGUCCGAGAACCUGCUGGCGCGCGCCGGGCCGGACGGCGUGCAGGACCUGCAUUUCCGCAUCGAGGGGCCGGUGGUGCGCCACCUGAUGGACUGCUUCGCCGAGGACUGGGCCUUCACCACCGGCGAGCAGCUCGCGGGCGAGCGCUGGUUUCCGGAGCUGGCGGGACGCGGCGCGAUCUACGCCCGGGGCCUGGCCAGCGGGCCCGACGAGUCGGUGGGACGCCUGGCCUGGACCAUCGCCGGCGCCCUGGGCCGGGCCGAGCGCUCGGUGCGCAUCGUCACGCCCUACUUCCUGCCGGAGCAGACGCUGAUGGCCGCGCUGACCCUGGCCGCCCUGCGCGGGGUCGCCGUGGACAUCGUGAUCCCGGCCCGGGGCAACCACCGCGUCAUGGACUGGGCCGCCUGGGCGCAGCACGACCAGGUGCUGGAGCCGGGCUGCCGCCUCCACCUGGCGCCGCCGCCCUUCGACCACAGCAAGCUAAUGACCGUCGACGGCCGCUGGGCGCUGUUCGGCUCGGCCAACUGGGACGCGCGCAGCCUGCGCCUCAACUUCGAGUUCAACGUGGAGUGCUACAGCCCGGAGUUGGCCGGCGCGCUGGACGCGCGCAUCGACAAGAAGAUCGCCGCCGCCCGGCCGCUCAGCCUGGCCGAGGUGCGCGCCCGCCCGCUGCCGGUGCAGAUCCGCGACGGGGUGGCGCGCCUGCUGCUGCCCUAUCUGUAG